UUAAAUCAAAACAACUAAUAUACAAUUUAAUAUUAGUAAAUAAUUAGAUUUAGGGUUUUUAUUGGAUUUGAAUUAAAUUGAUUACUAUAAAUGUGGUUUCAAAUCUUAUAGAUUUAGAUUUAUAAAUAAAAGGGGAAUCAUGGAAAGAGAUGGGGGAGAGGCAAAGAUGAAAUUAAAUUAAAUAGAGAGGGCUCCCUAAAAUGUGGCGCAAAUAUUUUUUGCGGACGUGAAGAGGAAUUAGAAACGGGUUAACGGCGCCUGCGGAGCAGCAUUGAAGUCCAGGCUGUGGCGCUAUCCUUUCAUCGGCUCACGUUUCCUUCUCUUUCCUCCGCUUCAUCCUCGCCUCGUAUCGCGCCGCAGCUGCACGUUUACCCGCCGAGAACGGGGAGACUGCCGGAGAAGACCGUCGGAAGGCGGAGGUGCAGGAGAAGAAUCCUUAGGAAAAGGAGUGUUAUUGGUGGUGGAUUUGGUUUCCUUCCUGGAUCCGCCCUUCGGUGGAGACUCCACGGAUUGGCUGAAUCUGAGGAAGGAUUUUGGAUUGCAGACAGCUUCCUAGGGUUUGCGGCGUUAUUUAUAUCUCCUGUGGUGUUUUGGAAAUCGAUGCUCUUUGGAGUUGGGGAAAUUGAUGCCUCCCGAGCCGUUGCCAUGGGAGAGGAAGGAGUACGGCUUCAAGGACCACCGGAAGCACGAGCGCGGUGAUUCUCUUGGCGGUGGCGGAUCCUCGUUUGCUACGAGGUGGAGGGAACCCUACCACGGGUCCCGUGACUUUUCUCGUGGCUCCCCCCGCCGAUCCCUCUCUGGUCAUUACCGGCAGGGCGGAAGUUUCCACCAGGUUUACCCGGAAGAUUUCAUUGGUCACGGGCCCACACCAUCUCGCUCUGACAGAAUUUGGUCGGAAGAUGAUGGCUUUAGGCCGUCUUCUGCUAGAUACUUUAGCGGCUACCGCAGCAGUAGCAGCAGCAGCAGCAGUGUUGGAUGCAACAGGGAGAACCGAGGAUCAUUUCGGCGACCCCCAUAUUGGGAUGUUAGUGACUUCCCCAGACAGCAACACCAUCAGGAAACCCAUGCGCCCUCUCAGAGGCCAGUCAGCGCUCCGAUUUCUUCAACAUCUCAGACCUCUCCCUUAAAAAAGAAUGAUAAAAUUGAUUGUAUCGAGGAUGACUUGAGCACAGUUCACAAAUUUAAUCAUCAGGACAAUUCUCUAGGUACAAUAGCCUGGAAGAAAUGGAACCGUCCAACCUCAACUAAGACAGGAAGAUCUGAAACGGAGAAUGCUGGAACUGAGGUAGCCUUACCACUUGAGAAGGAAACUCCUACCCGGUCUCCAGUAGCUUCUCUUGCUUCGAAUGAAAGUGCACCGAAGAAGCCAAGACUUGGAUGGGGCCAAGGGCUUGCUAAGUAUGAGAAGCAGAAGGUAGUAGGAUCUACAGAACCUUCAGUACGAGGUAUUUCUCAAUGCUUGUCACCCUCGACUCCAUCUUCUGCAACUUGCAGCUCAUCACCAGGCACUGAAGAUAAACUUUGCAGCAGGGUUGGUAAUAAUGAUAACGAUGAUUUGCACGUGUCAUCAUUUCCUUCUUUCUAUGAGGAAAUCCUCGCUAGUUUGGAUAAUCUGGAAGUUAAUCCUAUCAGUUCAUUGGAUUCCCUUCUAGUUGAUCUAUUUCAAUCAGAGGAUGCAUUUGGUGGCGAUCCCAAUUUAAUGAGGCAUUCUGCUACAAACAAAUUGUCAAAAUUGAAGUCGCAUGUUUCAAAUGCAUUUGAAAAAAUUGAGAAUAAAAUUGAUUUACUAGAAAAGGAGCUCAAGGCAAUUACUUGUGAUACUAAAGCUAAUGCUUAUCAAGGUUCCUUGAAAUCAGAAGAUGAUUCUGCUUCUCUGCUAAGUAGAAGGUCAUUGGAUGAUUUAUCAAAUGAAUCCAAGGAUUUGAAGGAUCAGCAGGUGAAAUGCAUAGAAGAGUCCUUGUUUGAUGACCAUGAGCACAGGCCUUCCAGUAGACUUGAUGAACAUAAUACUGUGGUUAAAGAAACAGUAUUGUCUACUUUAGAAAAGGAACUCCCUGUUUGUGGCAUGGAGAAAAUGGUCUCAACUCUGUCGUCAAAUGAAGUGGAAACUUGGAAAGCUAGUAUAUUAUCAGAGAUGGAAAAUUCACAAGGAGGGGGAAAGCCAAUGGUUCCAUCUGAAGCUGAGAGUCUUAGUUUUAUGAAUAACAGUGUUUUAAUAAGCUGUGGUGGUAUGACACAAAGAAAGACAGAAUCUAAUUUAGUAAAUUCAAUUGUGGAUUCGAACAGGAAUAUAUCAAAAUUUUCCUGGGAGGUGUUUAAUACAACAUUCUCUAAUGAUCUGCCGGGCUCAGAUGUUUGGGGAUUUGUUAAUUUUACUUCAUGUCGCAAGCAUGAGUUGAACGUCAAAGAGAAGCUUGCUGUUGCAAAGCGUCAACUAAAAUUCAGAGAGAGAGUUCUUACUCUUAAAUUUAGAGCAUUACAUCACUUGUGGAGGGAGGACCUGCACUUACUUUCAAUAAAAAAGCUUCGCACUAAGUCAAGCAAGCGGACUGAACUUAGCAACCGGUCUUUCCUAAAUGGCUCCCAAAAGCAACGUUCUUCAAUCCGAUCACAGUCUGCUUUGCCUGGUAACAUAACCCUUGUUCCUACAACAGAAAUAAUGAACUUUACAAGCAAAUUUCUAUUGGAUUCACAAAUCAAGAUUUGUAGAAAUAAUUUGAAGAUGCCGGCAAUGCUAUUAAAUGAGAAGUAUCAAAGGUACAGUAAGUUUGUUACCCACAAUGGAUUAAUAGAAGAUCCUGUGACUUCUGAGCAAGAAAGGGGAAUGAUAAACCCAUGGUCUCAUGUUGAGAAAGAAGUUUUCAAGGAGAUGCUUGCUAGGUAUGGUAAAGAUUUUACUAAGAUAUCUUCCUUUCUGGAUCAUAAAACGACAGCAGACUGCAUUGAAUUUUAUUACAAAAGCCACAAGUCAGAGAGUUUCAAAGACGUGAAGAAAUCUUUAGAUCUCAGAAAGCAACAGCAAUCCUUACCAGCCAAUACAUACCUUGUAGCAUCAGGAAAGAACUGGAAUAAUAAAACAAGUGUUGCAUCUCUUGAUUUGAACUGGAAUAAUAAAACAAGUGUUGCAUCUCUUGAUUUGUUGGGUGCUGCAUCUGUUAUGGCUUUACACAAUCAAGACACUGCAAGGAUCGAAAAGUAUGCUGGAGGUAGUAAGAAUUUAGAUGAGGCAAAUGAGCACACAUCUGCUCAAGAAAGAGUAGCUGCUGAUGUAUUAGCAGGCAUUUGUGGCUUGGUGUCUCCUGAGUCUGCCAGCCCAUAUGGUACCAGUUCUAUUGAUCCUGCUAAGAAUAUGAAGGAUGAGGAGAGCUUGGAUGAGGAGGAUACCUGUUCAGAUGAGGGCUGUGGAGAAUUGGACUCGGCUGAUUGGACAGAUGAGGAGAAAGCGAUGUUUAUCCAAGCUCUGAGCAUGUACAGCAAGGAUUUUACAAGCAUCUCAAGUUACAUGAAGACAAGAUCCCGGGAACAGUGCAAGAUCUUCUUCAGUAAGGCUCGAAAGUGCCUUUCUCUUGAUACAAUUCAUCAAGGUUGUGCCAAUGGGAUUACACCAGUAAGUCUAACAAAUGGAGGAAGAAGUGAUACAGACGAUGCUUGCAUUGCAGAGAUGAACUCUGCAAUCUGUAGUACUCAAUCCUGUUCCAAAAUUGACGAGGAUGUCUCCCAGCCUUUAGUUGGAACCAAUUAUGAAGGGAUUGACCAUUCUGCAAGCACUGAUUUCCAUGUCAAAAAUGACUUUGAGGUGAAUGAUUAUUCUGCAAGCACUGAUUUCCAGGUCAAAACUGAAAGAUCAAAUGAGCAGGCUGACAAUGUAUCAGUUAGACCUAGUCUGGCGGAUUAUAGGGAUGAAGUAGUUAGGCAGGUGUCUAUUGUUCAUGAUGUCAAGCAGGCAGGCAGCAGGGACGACCUUCAAUCUGAUGUACCUCUAAAGGAAAACAUCAUUACUUCAUCAGCAAUUGAAGCUGUGAAGCUUCAUGAGGCUGCAGAUUCUGCUGAUAGCGAAGCAAAAAUUGAGGGAGUUAAUAAUGUUGUUUCUCUGGCUGAGCGGAUUGUUUCAAUUAGAAAAAGUGAACAAGUUGAAGAAUGCCUAGAAGGAGAGUCAAAUCGGCAAACUGCUAGUUUGGUUACUGAUGCAGGUAUUGCUGGAUGUUUUCCUUCUGGAAAUAUGGAAAAGGAAGUAGAUAUAAAACCAUCACUUGAUCGGGAGAUUGAGUUGUCAAACAAAAAAUUGAUAAAUGCCAAUUUCACAACCAAUGGCGAUGACCCUCUUUGGUCUAUGAAAGAUUCAGUUCAAAGUGUGCCUUCAAUAGUCUCAGCACCUAAGGCCAAUGGUUAUCACCAUCUGACCUCUGAUUCCAACUCUCAGGGGCAAGUACAAGUUGAUGCACACCCAUCUGCUACAGAGAAACCCCGGUCCACAUUGAAGCAGGAAAAUGGACAUUCUUUGCUAGUGAAUUCAUUUAUGUCAGAUCCAGCUAAUAUAUGUUUUGGUGGCGCUCCUAGCUUCUUGUAUGAGACUACUUUAAACUUUGAGGAACACGGGAAUAACAGGCAUCAAAAUUCGAUAAAACGAGAUCUGAGCCAACAGUAUAUGCUCAGAAAUUUGCCUCUCAGCCAAGUCAAUCAGAGUAUGCAUAUUCUCAGAGGCUAUCCACUGCAAUCAUUAAAACAAGAAGCCAAUGCGGAAACAAACAUUCAUGCAAGCAAGAAACCGAGUCAGCUUCAGGUGGAAACCAUGAAAACUGGAGCCUUCCAAUUGAAUCAUUUGUUUUCAUCUGAUAAACACUGGGACAAAAGCAAUGUUUCUACUCCGCAUUCGGUGUCAGCUCCAUUACAUUCUGCAAGAAGCGAAAAUCAAUCAGAUGCUGAGUUUAGAACAUGUUCCAAGAAUGCUGGUGCCAAGGUAGAGGAACACAAACCUGGAGAUGUGAAGCUGUUUGGAAAAAUUCUUAGCGUGACAUCUUCUUCACAGAAAUCUGAUUCUUCCUUCCUUGAAAGUGAUAAAAAACCCUCAUUGCCUAAGAUGGAUAGUACUUUAAAAAUGAAUCCUCACGAUAAUGUUAAAAGUGCUAGUCAAUUAGUCUCAAAUGCUAGUGCAUGCCGAGUAAACUUGGAGACAACUUACGGUUUCUGGGAUGGCAAGAGAAUACAGACUGGUUUUUCUUCAUUGCCGGAUACUGCUGCAAUGUUUUUAAAGUAUCAAGGCAGCCCAACUAUCAUAUCGCAUUAUCCAGCCAAAGAUGGUAUCCCAGGCUGUAAUGGCAUCGUGCCGGAACAUCAGCAAUCCCAUGUGCAGCAAAUGUCUUCUAAUGUGAUGCAAAUAGAGAACAUUCCGGAGCUGCAGAAGAGGACUAGAACUGAGACGAUCCCAGGGUUUCAGCAGCAAGUUAGGGUAAUGCCUCUGGGCACAAACAUGCUGGGGGGAGGAAUGUUGGUUGGCAGUGGAGUGGUGUCGGAUCCAGUUUCUGCUCUGAAGAUGCAUUUUGCUGCAAGGGCAAACCUAUAUGGCAGCGAUCCCGAACUGUAGCAAGGAGAUACAGGAACCAGAUAGUAGGAAGGCUUGAUUGAGUAGGAAGGGUGGUAGAACAGGAUGGUUAUGUAGGACGGAUCUUUACUCAAUCGCGUUGCCUAUUUGUAUCAUAUUUACUCUUUGUAACUUGUAUCACAUUAAACAGGGAAGUUGGAUUCCCAUUCCUGACUGACCAUAAUGACAUGGGCUCUGCUUUCCUCCAUUCUUUGCUCACCUGAGAGCCCAGGAUUUUGUAUGUUCUUCAUCACGUAUACAAAAUCAGGUUGCCA